AUGCAUAUAAGAGAGAAUCCUAAUGAAUGUGAAAGAGAUUUUAACCAGUCCUCCAGUUCUGGUGAUCAUCCAAAAAUUUAUGUGGGAAAAAACCCAUCCAGAUAUAAGAAGCCUGGGAAUACGUUUAGUCAGUCAUCAGGAACACAUAUACAUAAGACAAUCUGUAGUGGAGAGAAACCUUACAAAAGUAAAGAAUACAGCACAGACUUUAAAUUACCAUUGACCCUUACUCACCAUCAAAGAAUUCAUUGUGGAGGGAAACCUUACCAAUGUCAAGAAUGUGGGAAGGCCUUUAACCAGAUGUCACACCUUACUGAACAUCAUAGAAUUCAUACUGGAGAAAAACCUUACUACUGUCAAGAAUGUGGCAAGGCCUUUUCCAUCAGUCAGGCCUUAACUACACAUUACAGAGUUCAUACUGGAGAGAAACCUUACAACUGUGUAGAAUGUAGCAAGGCCUUUAAGUGGGAAUCCAGCCUUACUCAACAUCACAGAAUUCAUACCGGAGAGAAACCUUACAAAUGUGAAGAAUGUGGCAAGGCCUUUAGGCGGCAGUCAGACGUUAUUGAACAUCGCAGAAUUCAUUUUAGAGAGAAACCUUACAAAUGUAAAGAGUGUGGGAAGGCCUUUAAGCAGCACUCAGUCCUUUUUCACCAUCAGAGAAUUCAUACUCGAGAGAAACCUUACAAAUGUACGGAGUGUGGGAAGGUCUUCAAGCAGCUCUCAGCCCUUACUCACCAUCACAGAAUUCAUACUGGAGAGAAAACUUACAAAUGUAAAGACUGUGGCAAGGCCUUUAGCAGGCAUUCAAGCCAUACUCAACACCACAAAAUCCAUACUGGAGAGAAGCCUUACAAAUGUAAAGAAUGUGGCAAGGCCUUUAUCCGUAAAUCAGGCCUUACUACCCAUCACAAAGUUCAUACCGGAGAGAAACCGUAUAAUUGUGAAGAAUGUGGCAAGGCCUUUACCUAUAAAUCAACCCUUACUAAUCAUCACAGAGUUCAUACUGGAGAGAAACCUUACAGCUGUGUAGAAUGUGGCAAGGCUUUUAAGCAGGAAUCAAGCCUCACUCAGCAUCACAGAAUUCAUACUGGAGAGAAACCUUAUAAUUGUGAAGAAUGUGGGAAGGUCUUUAUGUUCCAUUCAGGCCUAUCUCAACAUCGCAGAAUUCAUAUUGGAGAGAAACCUUACCAGUGUAAAGAAUGUGGCAAGGUAUUUAUGUUCCAUUCAGGCCUUACUCGACAUCAGAGAAUUCAUUCUGGUGAGAAACCUUACAAAUGUCAAAAUGUGGCAAGACCUUUAGGCAAUGCUAAACCCUUGUUCCUUAUCCAAGAAUGUAUAGUGGAGGUGAUUUUACACAUAGAAAAAUACAGCAAACCCUUUCCUAGUGCUCAAGCCUCCCCCAGCAUUACAGAAUUCAUAGUAGAGAGAAACCUUGUAAAGAAUGUGGUAAAGCUUUUGGAUUGCUCAACACUUAAGUCAGCAUCCCAGAGUUCAUACUGAGGAGAAAUACUAGAAAUGGAAAGAACAUGGCAGGCCUCUGGCUGGACGUCAUAACUUGCUCAACAUCAUUGUUACCAUCCAGGAGCAAAACUGUAAUAUGUAAAGACAGUGGCCAAGCCUUUAACUAAAAUUCAGUCCUCACUCGGUAUCCCAAAAUGCAGUCUUGGGUCAAACUUUACAAACAUAAUGAAUGAGGAAAGACUGUCUCUUACAGUUUAGGAAACAUCAGAGA